UAAACUGGGAGUUCUGCUGAACAUUGUGGGAAUUAAAGAUUCCUAUUCCACUUGUGUGCCAUUACCGUGCUCAUCUUUAGAGAGAUCAUCCCAUUUAAUCCUUACAACAAUCCUAUAAAGUAGCAAAUGUUGUUAUUCCUAUUUUACUGGUAUAAAAGUUGAGGCUUAGAGAACCAGUAAGGAAAUAAGGUAGCUCCUGGGCCUAACUUCUUUGCUAUACUGUGGUAAGUCCUAUUUAUAUGUUUCCAAAUCUGAAAUAAUGUAUUUAUAUAUGAAAUCACUUGUCUUCAUUUUAUAUAGAACAUACAUGUGCACAUAACCAUAGAAAUAGUUUAAAAGAAAGGCAAAUGUAUAAUAGGCCUUACAAAGAUGAGUACAUUGAGGGAAAAAAAUUUGCCAAUGGGAAGAAUUUGCCCAUGGUACUGAAUGGCUUUCUCAGAAGGGUUAUUUUAUCUGUUCAAAGCAUGUCAAGAUACAAAAGGGCAUAGGGGAAAGUUCAAGAGCAGGCAAAGGCUGGAGCCAGGGCCUCCUCAGCCUAGUACACCCAUCCUGAAGUGCGUCUACUCUCACCUUUUCUGUUUAUUCAAAGGGAUACACAGCCUUUAUAUUUUAACAAUAUAGCUGUCCCCCCACCCUCAAGGCACAUUUUCUAAUAUCUAUGUCGCCUUGGCGUUGUCUUGGUGAGUGUUUACUUUUCUUUGGGGCAUAGAAGUGAAGGUUCUCAGAGCUGGUCAGAUUAUCCCCAAACAGCAAGAGUUAGCUCUGGCAAUGGAGCAGAGCCGCAGUUUCCUCCAGAUGUUUACUGUUGAGCCUCCUGUGUUUAAGGAUGUGGUGGCUGAUGAUAAAUCCAUCCCUACUAGCAGCAAAACCACCCCAGAAUCCCAGCUGAUUGGCGAAGGAGAACUGGCAUCUUUCCACAGGAAGAGCAGCACGUUGUCCCACACGGUGGAUGAGGAAUCAGAUGCGUGUGGACCUUGGGCCUCUGUGGGUUCCGCUCCAAUUUUAAAUCCAUUUAAAAAAUAAAUUUGAAUUUAAGAUAGCUCAGAGCUGGACUCUGAAGGAAUGGAUGGGAAAAGGCGGUCACUCCGGGUGAGGGAGAGGGUGACCCCAGCAACCGCGAGAAGCUGGAGAGAACGCAAGGCUUGGGGGGGAAAGCCUCCGGUUCGGCACCCUUUCCACUUUCCGAUCCUCUGCAAACGCUUGUCCUGGGCCCCCUGGCCUUGUCCCCUUACCGAGCAGGGAAGGGACCGAGGAGAACGUGAACUCCGGCCUCUGUCCCAUCCCAUCUCCGCCGCAGGCCCGGGGUUGUGGGCACGGAGCCCGCGACCGGCGGGGAGGGCGCGGCGCAGGGAGGGCGGGCGAAGGGCCGGCGGCGGCCUCGCGGCGCGUCCACAUGUGGCCGGGCCGCAGGGCGGGGGGGCCGGGGAGCCGAGGGGGAGGGUUUACUCUCGGCUAAGUUCCCGGAUGGUUGCAGCCUCCCGGCUCUGAGCGCUUUUCCUGGCUGCCCGGCUCAGCACUUCGGACCCAGGGAGAAGUUUCCCAGAAAAAAUGCCCAGCGCGCCGCGGGGCCGUGGAGCCUCCCGGAGCCGUUGCGCGGAGGCCACAGCUCGUCCAAAAUGGCUGUCCAAAAAACAACUCCACGUUUGCAUUGAAGAUGACGCCUUUCCCGGGGACAGUGCUCUCUGUUGGUCUGUGUCCCUGGCCAUGGCUUCCUACAGUACCCUUUAAUGAUUUAUCAGCAAGACUGUUGAAAGCAUAACAGUCCAAGAUGCCCGUCCCUCCCCCUCCUGCCCCCCCACCGCCUCCUACAUUUGCACUGGCCAAUACAGAGAAACCUACCUUGAAUAAGUCAGAGCAGGCCGGGAGAAACGCUCUCCUCUCUGAUAUCAGCAAAGGGAGGAAACUGAAGAAGACAGUCACCAAUGACAGAAGUGCACCGAUAUUGGACAAACCUAAAGGAGCCGGUGCUGGUGGUGGGAGUGGAUUUGGCGGAGGAGGUGGCAGCACUGGUGGCAGUGGCGGUGGCAAUUUUGGAGGGGGUGGACCUCCCGGUUUGGGAGGACUAUUCCAGUCCGGAAUGCCGAAGCUGAGAUCCACAGCCAGCAGGGAUAAUGAUUGUGGAGGAAGCCGACCUCCGAUCUUGCCGCCAGGAGGAAAAGCCACGUCGGCUAAACCUUUUUCACCCCCAAGUGGCCCCGGGAGGUUCCCUGUGCCUUCUCCAGGCCACAGAAGCGGCCCCCUCGAGCCUCAGAGGAGCCGAAUGCCUCCCCCGAGGCCCGACGUGGGCUCCAAGCCCGAUGGCAUCCCUCCUCCAGUACCGAACACGCCAAGGCCCAUUCAGUCCAGUCUGCACAACCGGGGGUCCCCGCCAGUGCCCGGGGCCCCCAGGCAGCCCAGCCCGGGGCCGACCCCUCCCCCCGUUCCUGGAAACCGAGGUGCGGCUUUCGGAGGCGGCUCCUUCCGGCAGACACCCUCGGGCUCCUCCUCGCCCUUCUCCAACCGGCCCCCGCUGCCCCCGACCCCGACCAGGGCCAUCGACGACAAACCUCCCCCGCCGCCGCCUCCCGUGGGCAACAGGCCCUCCCUGCACCGGGAGGCGGGGCCGCCGCCGCCGCCGCAGAACAGCAAGCCCCCGGUGCCGUCCAGCCCGCGGCCGGCCGCCUCCGCGCCGCCGCCACCGCCCAGCAGGCCGGGCCCGCCCCCGCUGCCUCCGGGCUCCGGGGGCGCCGACGAAAUGCCGCGGCUGCCGCAGCGCAACCUGUCGCUCACGUCACCCGCACCGCCCCUCCCCUCCCCGGGACGCUCGGGCCCUCUGCCGCCCCCGCCCGGUGAGAGACCUCCGCCUCCGGUGAGGGACCCGCCCGGCCGAUCAGGCCCUCUCCCACCGCCUCCUCCAAUAAGCAGAAAUGGCAGCACAUCUCGGGCCUUGCCUGCCACACCGCAGUUGCCGUCCAGGAGUGGAGUAGAUAGUCCCAGGAGUGGGCUCAGGCCCCCCCUUCCUCCGGACAGGCCUGGUGCGGGGGCACCUCCCCCACCUCCACCGUCAGCAUCAAUUAGAAAUGGCUUGCAAGACGCUCCAUGUGAAGAUGAGUGGGAAAGCAGAUUCUACUUCCAUCCCAUCUCUGAUCUGCCACCUCCAGAACCAUAUGUGCCAACAGCCAAAAGUUAUCCCAGUCAAUUGCCAAGAAAUGAAAGCCGGAGUGGAUCCAGCAGAAGAGAAAGGGGGGCUCCGCCACUUCCUCCCAUCCCGAGGUGAUCUCUGCCUGCUAUUCUCUGUGCAGGCUCGAGAGCUGCUCCUAUGGUUGCUAUCUGAGAGUUGCACACCCUCCACCCCCUUUCUUCCCCUGGCCCCGUCCUAUUGGCAGGAGGGAGGAAGGGAGAGUGAGUGGGAGUACGCGUGUGCAGGGGCAGGGAUCCAGUAAUGAACGCACCUAGCUUUUUAUACCGUGUAUAUUCUCAGAGCCAUUGCUUGCUUCGGCUCCAGCCCGUGUUAGCUGCUGGGAGUCUAUAGGCUUUUUCGGCAAGUAGACAGAGACAAAUUUUAUCCCAGCUUUCAACCAACCAAAUUCAAACAUUCACUGCUUAUUUGCUACAGACUGCGAUUAGGGAAGUCCCCAUGUCUUCUUCCAUGCCUUCUUUGCACGCUUGGCCGCCUGGUUGUUUCCGUGAACCACAGACCACCUAAGCAAGUUGCUGAACAAAGCCUCAAAUGAAACUUUUGCAGCUAUAGGAUGUCCAAGCUUUAGCAGUCAGAGGUACUUAUGCUCUAAGACAGAGCUGUCCGGUAGAAAAAUAAUGUGAGCCCCAUACACAACUUUACCAUUUCUAGUAGCUAUGCUUUUUUAUAAAAGGUGCAAAGAAACAGAUGAAAUUGGUUGUAUUUUAACCUUAUGCAUCCAAAAUAUCAUCACUUCUAUGUGUAAUCAAUAUAAAAAAUAUUAAUGAGAUAUUGUACAUUCUUUUUUGGUACUAAAUUUCCAAAAUCCAGCAUGCAUUUUACACUCACAGCACAUCUCCACGAAAAUGUGACUAGUAGUGUUUUAUAGGCUCAAGAGCCACGUGCAGUGGGGUGGUUACUAUAUUGAACAGCACCAGUCUAGAAGAUGGAAACUAAUGCAAAACCUCUUGUUUAGAAAACAGAAAAGGCAAGAUGAGCUUGAGCAAUUCAAGAGGUGACUAAAAAUAAAGUUAGGGCCCAAUACCUUGUUUAGUAGAUAGCUUGACCUUAGAUUUUGCUCCCAUAUUUCCCCUCUUACCUUAAUGUCUGGAUACAAGUGUUGCUUCACAGUGCCAAGGUCGCAAAUUGAUCUAGCACAGUUUACAGUCACAUGGAAUAAAGCCAUUGGAAAGAAACUGAAAGCCUGUCUGGGCUCCCAGGCCCAGAGCCAGCUGGCUUGUGCACUCACCUGUCAGUUGGUCUCCUGCAGCCUUCGCUCCUCUGCAGCUCAGCAAGCCCCGGGGCUGGGAGACACUGGGUGGGCUUGGUGGGAAGGGGGAAGAAAGUCAGAGAAAGGCAUCAAAUCAGAAACAUGGAAGAAAGGAACAGACUUGAGUGACCAACAAGAUGUGAUGCUUAUAGGGUCAAAUGAAUAAGGGAGAUUGGUAGUGGAAAUCGGAGGGAAGUUGUUUUGAAUCUGUCCAGGAGAAUCUUGUGUCUUGGAUCUAUGCAAAUAAAAGCUAUGCUAAAGAACCAUAGGGAAGAGCCAACCUUGCCUUUUUAAAUAUGAUUUUGUUUACAGAAUUUUACUAGGACUUUUAAAUCUAGCCGUAGAGUUGGGAAUAAGUAUUUCCACUUAAAUGUUUUAUAUGGUUGAUUUUGUUUAAAAGUUAUCAUUACUUAUUUUUUAAAAGCACAUGGCCACAUACGUAUAUGUAUAUCUACCUAAACCUUGUAUCAUGGUUUCAGUGUAUUAUCCAUGUAUUCCUUGGAGUUGCUAACAAGAAGUCAAUCCAAAGAAAAAUUUGAAAGAUACGUUCCUAUUUAUAGAAUAAAUAAUUCUGUUUUUUCAUUUAUAUAAAAGCAAAAGAACUUAGUGUUCUAAUAAAUGGGAUGUCUAAUAAAUUAUGAAGUUACUGAUUUAAAUAUCUUGUAUUUUUAUAACUUUCCUUGCCAAAGUUCUGGGCUUAUUAGUACAUUAGAGAGCUUGCUGUUUCCCCUCUCUUUUACCAUUUGUCUGUCUUCCAUAUAGUCACUUGGGGCUCUUCACCCAAAGAAAAUCAAGAAAUAUAAGGGUAUAACAAGGUUGGCCAAGUAUUUUGACAUUUUUUUUUUAUCUCUAUCUAGCAUUUUGGUAAUUUAGCAGCAUUAUUUUAUUUUGGAGUCUUUGAUAUCAACAGUGAUAAAAAUCCCCAUCAUCAAUUCUAUAGACCCACUUCCACAAACGAUGCAAUUUGACCUUCCUGAAAAAUAUGGUGGAGAAAAGUCGAACCCAAAGAAAGGUCUGAAUUUUAUAAGGCGUAGAAACAGUUGGACAACUUCCUUCUGUAUUGAAACUUUGCAGGUACCACUCUAAAAUUUGAAACAGGGUCACAGCUCAAAGUUGCCAUUCAUCCAGAAUAGAGAUGUUAUAGAAUGUACUUUUUAAGUGAAUGUUUCAUUAAUACACCUACACUCUUUCUCUGAAAGUUAGCAACCUAAUUCCAUCUUAAACUUUGAAUAAGUUCUGUGCUAAAAUCUUCAACGAUGGCAAAUCACAGAAAUGAGUGUUUUCUUCCUUCAAAUCAGAACGUACAUGUGUGUUUUUUCCAUAAAAUUUCCAGAUAAAUAUAUUCAAGAUGCAAUACAGUGUUUUAAUAUUCACAUAUCAUUUUAUAUUGAAAUGUAUUACAGUAUUAAAAUUCAGUGUUCAGUAUUUAUUUCACUAUGCAUUUUAUGUAGUAACAGCUAAGAAAAAUGUUUCAUCCAAUGGUGCCUUACUUUGUGAUUUGAACGAAAUCAACUUUUCAUGUCUAAGUAGCAAAUUAUUUGCAUACUUGUAAAAACUGUUAGGUCUUUAUAUUUUAACUUGUAAUACCAGUUUUAUUAUUUUAGUAGCAGAAAUGGAAUGACUGUUAAAGUGCCCAGAAAAUUUUGGCAUGAAAUUAAUUUUUCCCUCUUUAUAGUCGGGAACUAUAGAGGAAGAAUAAAAAUCUUUUCGUACCAUUGUACUAUGUAAACAGACACAUUUUGGUAUGGAUGUCAUCAGGACAGUGUAAAUGGAAGGGCAGAGUCUACCCUAGACAUCUGACUCUUUGUAAAUUAGCCAGACAAUAAAUAAAAG